GUGAACUGAAAUGAGAAGCACUGGCAGGGAAACAGGAAUUAGUAUACUCCAUUUAAUCCAUUCUUUUAUUCUGUGCAAUUGGAACUUGAUGAGUUCAGGUAAAUUUUCCACUCAUCCACAAGACUCUGCAAGCUUUAAUGAUUUUAUUAUACUCCUCCUCUGAGCUGUUUGACUUUUGAAAGGAGGGACUUUGUAGUAAUUCUACACCUGUUUUGCCCACGCCUUUCCACUUGCAAAACUUACCAAACAAGUGCUGGGCUAAGCAUGAGAACAUCAAAAAUGGUUGGUGACUGUUUUCCAUCAGUAAAAGUGAUUUGAUUGAUUUUGAAGCUCAGCUUUCUUCAUUUUUGCACAGUUCUCUUUGUACUUUUUGGGUAGCUUUACGAACGUAUCUGCUACAAUGGCAAUUGAUGACAAUAAUCUGCACUCUAGGACUAAGUGUAAACUGAAUUCGUACCGGAAUGAUUAUAAAUUGAGACGAAGCAGUCUGCCAUCGGAACUCCUCCCAGGAAAUUGCAUUAAAGGAAGGUAUCAAAGAAACAUUAGGAAUUUAGAACCUAUCCACCCAAGACGCCCUAAGAAAAGACCUUCUCUCUUUCCAGCAUCUCCAGUGGGUAACGGAUACAUCAAGCCACCAGUCCCAUCAGUUUCUGGCACGCAAAGGGAAAAAGGUCCUCCAACCAUGCUGCCCAUCAAUGUUGAUCCGGACAGUAAACCUGGGGAAUAUGUCUUGAAAAGCUUAUUUGUUAACUUUACCACCCAGGCUGAACGCAAGAUCAGCAUUAUCAUGGCAGAACCUCUGGAAAAGCCGCUGAGCAAAUCUCUGCAACGUGGAGAAGAUCCCCAGUUUGAUCAAGUAAUAAGCUCAAUGAGCUCCCUAUCAGAGUAUUGUCUACCCUCCAUCCUGCGCACUUUGUUUGACUGGUAUAAAAGACAAAAUGGCAUAGAAGAUGAAUCUCAUGAGUACAGACCAAGAACAAGCACAAAAUCCAAAAGUGAUGAACAACAACGAGACUAUUUAAUGGAAAGAAGAGAUCUUGCUAUUGAUUUUAUUUUUUCUUUAGUAUUAAUAGAGGUUUUGAAACAGAUUCAACUUCAUCCUGUAAUAGAUGGUUUGGUACAUGAUGUUAUUAAUUUGGCUUUCAAGCACUUUAAAUACAAAGAAGGGUACCUUGGUCCUAACACUGGAAAUAUGCACAUUGUCGCAGAUCUGUAUGCUGAAGUAAUAGGGGUGCUAGCACAAGCAAAAUUUCCAGCUGUGAAGAAAAAAUUUAUGGCAGAAUUAAAAGAGCUACGGCAUAAAGAGCAGAGCCCUUAUGUAGUUCAAAGCAUUAUUAGUCUAAUAAUGGGAAUGAAAUUCUUUCGCAUUAAGAUGUAUCCAGUGGAGGAUUUUGAAGCUUCUCUCCAGUUUAUGCAGGAAUGUGCCCAUUAUUUCCUUGAAGUUAAAGACAAAGAUAUCAAACAUGCAUUAGCGGGGCUCUUUGUUGAAAUUCUUGUCCCAGUAGCUGCUGCUGUUAAAAAUGAAGUGAAUGUCCCCUGUCUGAGGAAUUUUGUUGAAAGUCUCUAUGAUACAACGCUUGAACUCUCAUCACGAAAGAAACACUCACUGGCUUUGUAUCCUCUGGUAACGUGCCUGCUUUGUGUCAGUCAGAAGCAGUUCUUUUUAAACAGAUGGCAUAUUUUCCUCAACAACUGCCUGUCCAAUCUCAAAAACAAGGAUCCCAAAAUGGCUCGUGUUGCACUGGAAUCUCUCUACAGACUACUGUGGGUUUACAUGAUUAGAAUUAAAUGUGAAAGCAAUACAACUACUCAAAGCCGGCUUAUAACAAUCGUCACAACCCUUUUCCCGAAAGGUUCCCGAGGCGUGGUACCACGAGACAUGCCUCUAAACAUCUUUGUGAAAAUUAUACAGUUUAUUGCACAGGAACGUUUGGACUUUGCAAUGAAAGAAAUCAUUUUUGACUUCCUUUGUGUUGGAAAACCUGCAAAAGCAUUUAGUCUCAACCCGGAGAGAAUGAAUAUUGGUCUGAGAGCUUUCUUAGUCAUUGCGGAUAGCUUGCAGCAAAAAGAUGGAGAACCUCCAAUGCCUGUUACUGGAGCUGUGCUGCCUUCUGGGAAUACAUUACGAGUAAAGAAGACAUACUUGAGCAAAACUCUUACAGAGGAGGAAGCUAAACUGAUAGGCAUGUCAUUGUAUUAUUCUCAAGUAAGAAAAGCUGUAGACAACAUACUGCGACAUCUUGAUAAAGAAGUUGGACGGUGCAUGAUGCUCACUAACAUACAAAUGUUGAACAAAGAACCCGAAGAUAUGAUCACAGGUGAAAGAAAACCAAAAAUUGACCUUUUCAGGACUUGUGUUGCUGCUAUACCUCGACUCCUUCCCGAUGGAAUGUCUAAACUAGAACUGAUUGACUUGCUGUCAAGGCUUUCUAUCCAUAUGGAUGAUGAACUUCGCCACAUUGCUCAAAAUUCACUUCAGGGCCUGUUAGUUGAUUUUGUGGAUUGGAGAGAGGAUGUGCUUUUUGGCUUCACAAACUUCCUGCUGCGUGAAGUGAAUGAUGUGCAUCAUAGUCUCUUGGACACGUCCUUAAAAUUAUUGUUACAAUUGCUUACGCAGUGGAAAAUUAUAAUACAUACGCCCGGAAAAGCCAGUGAACAGAUAAAAGGCAGGUCUUCAGAGCUGAUACCAAAUGGAUCCAGUCAUAGGACACAGAAUGAAAGAAGUUCUUAUUCCAAUGUUCUACAUGCUGUUGAAGGUUUUGCACUAGUGUUACUCUGCAGUUUCCAGGUUGCCACACGUAAACUGGCAGUUUUGAUUCUCAGAGAGAUCCGUGCCUUAUUUCAUGCCCUGGGACAAGCAGAGGAUGAUGAUAGGCCUAUGAUUGAUGUCAUGGACCAACUAAGUUCUUCUAUUCUGGAAAGUUUCAUUCAUGUGGCCGUUUCGGAUUCAACAGCAUUACCAUUAACACAUAAUGUGGAUUUGCAGUGGCUGGUAGAAUGGAACGCGGUCCUUGUUAAUAGCCAUUAUGAUGUAAAAAGCCCUUCCCAUGUCUGGAUAUUUGCACAGUCAGUCAAAGAUCCUUGGGUUCUCUGCCUUUUCAGUUUUCUUAGACAAGAGAACUUACCAAAGCAUUGUCCUACAGCUCUUAGCUAUGCUUGGCCUUAUGCUUUUACAAGGCUACAGCUGGUUAUGCCAUUGGUUGAUCCAAACAGCCCUGUGAAUGCAAAGAAAACCAGUACAGCAAGCAGUGGAGAUCAUUAUGUAACUUUGUGGAGAAACUAUCUUAUUCUUUGCUUUGGAGUAGCAAAACCGAGUAUUAUGAGUCCUGGACAUCUGCGUGUUUCAACUCCAGAGAUCAUGGCUACCACACCUGACGGUACUGUUAGUUAUGAUAACAAGGCUAUAGGAACUCCAUCUGUUGGUGUACUGUUAAAACAACUUGUGCCUUUGAUGAGACUUGAAAGUAUAGAAAUUACUGAGUCACUUGUAUUGGGCUUUGGAAGAACAAAUUCUCUUGUUUUCAGGGAAUUAGUUGAAGAACUUCAUCCACUAAUGAAAGAAGCAUUAGAGAGAAGACCAGAGAAUAAGAAGCGACGUGAGCGACGAGAUCUGCUGCGGUUACAGCUACUGCGAAUUUUUGAAUUACUUGCCGAUGCUGGUGUGAUAAGUGAUAGUACGAAUGGAGCCUUGGAGCGGGAUACCUUAGCACUUGGAGCCUUGUUCUUAGAAUAUGUUGACCUGACCCGCAUGUUGUUGGAAGCUGAAAAUGAUAAAGAAGUUGAAAUUCUUAAAGACAUGAGAGCUCAUUUUAGUGCAAUGAUUGCUAACUUGAUUCAGUGUGUGCCAGUUCAUCAUAGGAGGUUUCUUUUCCCUCAACAAAGCUUGAGGCACCAUCUCUUCAUCUUGUUUAGUCAAUGGGCUGGACCUUUCAGUAUCAUGUUUACACCGCUGGAUCGUUACAGUGAUAGAAACCAUCAGAUUACGAGAUACCAGUAUUGUGCUUUAAAGGCAAUGUCAGCUGUACUAUGCUGCGGUCCAGUAUUUGACAAUGUGGGGCUCUCUCCUGAUGGCUAUCUGUACAAAUGGCUUGAUAAUAUUUUAGCUUGUCAAGACUUACGGGUUCAUCAGCUUGGCUAUGAAGUUGUCGUCUUGUUGCUGGAGUUAAAUCCUGACCAAGUAAACCUCUUCAACUGGGCUAUAGACAGGUGUUAUACUGGAUCAUACCAACUUGCUUCAGGAUGCUUCAAAGCCAUUGCAACUGUGUGUGGAAGCAGGAACUACCCUUUUGAUAUUGUGACACUUUUAAAUCUAGUCUUGUUUAAAGCAUCCGACACCAAUAGAGAGAUCUAUGAAAUUUCCAUGCAACUCAUGCAGAUUUUGGAGGCUAAGCUUUUUGUUUAUUCAAAGAAAGUUGCUGAGCAAAGACCUGGCAGUAUUCUUUAUGGGACUCAUGGUCCGUUGCCACCACUUUACAGCGUAUCAUUAGCUCAUCUGUCAUACGAACUGGCAAGAAUGUAUCCUGAGCUCACACUUCCAUUGUUUUCAGAAGUAAGUCAACGAUUCCCAACAACUCAUCCAAAUGGACGCCAGAUCAUGCUUACCUAUUUACUACCAUGGCUUCAUAACCUUGAACUUGUAGACAGCAGGCUUCUCCUCCCAGGUUCAAGUCCUAGCACCCCAGAGGAUGAAGUAAAGGACAAAGAAGGGGAAAUUGUCAUUUGCGGACUGAAAGGAAAUGGUUGGGGUUCUCCUGAAGCCACGUCACUAGUGCUUAAUAAUCUGAUGUAUAUGACUGCUAAGUAUGGAGAUGAAGUUCCUGGACCAGAAAUGGAGAAUGUCUGGAAUGCUUUAGCCAACAAUGAAAAAUGGAGCAACAACCUGAGAAUAACGUUGCAGUUUCUAAUAAGCUUAUGUGGGGUUAGCAGCGAUACCAUCCUUUUACCUUAUAUCAAAAAGGUUGCCAUCUAUUUGUGUCGGAACAAUACUAUUCAAACAAUGGAAGAACUUCUCUUUGAGCUGCAGCAGACAGAUCCAGUAAACCCCAUAGUUCAGCAUUGUGACAAUCCACCUUUCUAUCGUUUUACUGCCAGUAAUAAGGCCUCAGCUGCUGCAUCCGGAACCACAUCAAGCAGUAAUACUGUUGUAGCUGGUCAAGAUAGUUUCCCUGACAUUGAAGAGAACAGAAUUGUGAAAGACACAGAUGACAGGUUCAGCAAUGUGAUCAGAGCACAUAAUCGACUGGAAUCAAGAUACAGCAAUAGCUCUGGAGGAUCUUAUGAUGAUGACAAAAAUGAUCCUAUUUCUCCAUACACAAGCUGGCUGUUGAAUAUUGUGGAGAUGAAACAGCCACAACCUUUGCCAAUGCCAUUUAAUGGAGGGUGCUGGGCACCACUUGUUGACUACCUCCCAGAAACGAUUACACCACGGGGACCACUCCAUAGGUGCAAUAUCGCUGUCAUUUUCAUGACUGAGAUGGUAGUAGAUCACAGCGUAAGAGAAGACUGGGCGCUCCACCUCCCAUUAUUAUUGCAUGCGCUCUUCUUAGGUCUUGACCAUUACCGCCCUGAAGUCUUUGAGCACAGUAGAAAGCUGUUGCUCCAUCUUUUGAUUGCGCUAUCAUGCAACAGUAAUUUUCAAGCCAUUGCCUCAGUACUUCUUCAGACCAGAGAGAUGAAUGACACCAAGACCCUCACAGUGCAGUCAGCUUAUCUGCCUGAAUACUUCUAUACAGGUGGCUUUGACUUUCUGAGGGAGUAUCAGUCAUCUCCUGUGCCAGAUUCUGGCCUGAGCUCUAGCUCUACAUCCUCCAGUAUCAGCCUUGGAGGAAGCAGUGGGAACCUCCCACAGAUUACCCAAGAGAUAGAAGACAUCAACCCAGCUGUGGAGACAGAUGAAAAGGCAAACAAGCUGAUUGAAUUUCUAACCACCAGGGCAUUUGGUCCACUUUGGUGCCACGAAGAUAUUACUCCCAAGAACCAGACCACGAAGAGUGCAGAGCAACUUACCAAUUUCUUGCGCCAUGUUGUGUCUGUCUUUAAAGAUUCGAAGUCAGGUUUUCAUUUGGAGCAGCAUCUUAGUGAAAUUGCUUUGCAAACAGCCCUUUCCAGUUCCUCAAGACAUUACGCUGGCCGCUCUUUCCAGAUAUUUCGGGCUCUAAAACAGCCUCUUUCUGCACAUGCCUUGUCAGAUCUCCUUUCAAGAUUAGUAGAAGUUAUUGGAGAACAUGGAGAGGAGAUUCAGGGCUAUGUUAUGGAAGCACUUCUUACCUUAGAGGCUACUGUGGAUUAUCUGUACGACUGCCUGAAGAACAGUGAUCUCUUAACAGUUUUGUCUCGCUCAUCGUCACCAGACUUAACAUCAAGUUCAAAAUUGACUGCAAAUCGGAAGAGCACCGGACAGCUGAAUGUGAAUCCAGGAGCUGCAGGUAGCAACACAACUACCGCCGAGCGCAGCAGGCACCAGAGGAGCUUUUCUGUGCCAAAAAAGUUUGGUGAUGUGGACAGAUCCUCUGAUCCCCCUCGCAGUGCCACGCUGGACAGGAUACAGGCUUGCACCCAGCAGGGCCUCUCCUCCAAAACGAGGAGCUCCUCCUCUUUAAAAGACAGCCUCACGGACCCGAACAAUAUUAACAACCCAACAAACCUGUUGGCUACCAUCUUCUGGGUUGCUGUGGCUUUGAUGGAGUCUGAUUUUGAGUUUGAAUAUCUAAUGGCACUAAGGUUGCUAAAUAAGCUACUUGUUCAUUUGCCACUGGAUAAAGUGGAAAACAGAGAAAAAUUAGAAAAGCUACAAGGACAGCUGAAGUGGACGGAUUUCUCAGGACUCCAGCAACUGCUGCUUAAAGGUUUCACCUCCCUUACCACCACAGACCUUACACUACAGCUCUUCAGUUUGUUGACUCCAGUCUCACGAGUAUCCAUGGUGGACUCUUCCCAAGCUAUAGGAUUCCCGUUGAAUGUUUUAUGCCUCCUGCCUCAUUUAAUUCAACACUUUGAUGGCCCAAAUCAGUUCUGCAAGGAUAUAGCAGAGAGGAUUGCUCAGGUCUGUCUAGAAGAAAAAAACCCCAAGCUGUCAAAUCUUGCACAUGUCAUGACUCUUUAUAAAACACACAGCUACACAAGAGAUUGUGCAACCUGGGUAAAUGUUGUUUGCCGUUACCUUCAUGAAGCAUUUGCUGACAUUACUCUGAACAUGGUUACUUAUUUGGCUGAGUUACUGGAAAAGGGGCUUCCCAGCAUGCAGCAAUCACUUUUGCAGAUAAUCUAUAGUCUUCUUAGUUAUAUGGAUCUCUCAGGCAUUCCUGUAAAACAGUUUAACAUGGAAGUGUUAAAGACCAUUGAAAAAUAUGUACAGAGCAUUCACUGGCGAGAAGCCCUGAAUAUACUAAAGUUGGUAGUUUCACGCUCAGCAAGCCUGGUUUUACCCUCCUACCAGCACAGUGAACUUUCAAAAAUGGAAAUACAUCGUGUAUGGAACAAUGCUUCCAAGGAACUGCCUGGAAAAACUUUGGAGUUUCAUUUUGAUAUUUCUGAGACUCCAAUUAUUGGGAGACGAUAUGAUGAGCUACAGAGUUCUUCAGGCCGGGAUGGAAAGCCCAGAAUAAUGCCUGUCACUCGUAGUACUUCUUCAACAUCUUCUGGAUCUAACUCUAACGUCCUUGUUCCUGUUAGCUGGAAGAGGCCUCAGUAUUCCCAGAAAAGAACAAAAGAAAAAUUAGUGCAUGUUCUUACUCUUUGUGGUCAAGAAGUUGGCCUGAGCAAAAACCCUUCGGUAAUUUUUUCUUCAUGUGGAGAUUUGGAUCUAAUUGAGCACCAGACAAGCCUGGUGGCUUCAGAGGACGGAGCACGUGAGCACGAGAAUAUGGACGACUCAAACAGCGAGCAACAGUUCAGAGUCUUUAGGGAUUUCGAUUUCCUAGAUGUGGAGUUGGAAGAUGGGGAGGGUGAAAGCAUGGACAAUUUCAACUGGGGAGUACGCAGGCGUUCUCUUGAUAGUCUGGACAAGUGUGAUAUGCAACUUCUGGAAGAAAGCCAGCUUUCAGGAAGUACACCCAGCCUAAACAAAAUAAACCAUGAAGACUCUGAUGAGUCAUCGGAGGAGGAAGACCUAACGACAAGCCAGAUUCUGGAGCAAUCAGAGCUAAUCAUGACGCUUUCCCCUUCUGAGGACACCAACCACAUUGACUCACUUUCCACCCCAUGUGAUGCAGCUUCAUCAGCUGCACCUCCUUUCAGUUCAAGAACUUCUAGUUUCAACGCUUCUUUGCCUGAAGUGAAUAAUCUCCAGGUGUCUGAAGGUUCAAAGACUGAAGGUGGCCAAGAAGAAGAGGAUACCUCCGUACAGGAGGAUGAUCUCUCUGGCUCUACCAAUGAACUCCCAGCAGCUUUUGAAUACAGUGAUAGUUUUAGCCUAGAUAUGACAGAAACUGAAGAAAAAGGUGACAGGCUGCUGGAUCAAUAUGCACUUGCCAGUUUUGGUGAUGGCGACAGGAAUGUUUCACCUCCCCCUUCCCCCUUCUUUUCCGCUAUCCUGGCUGCAUUUCAACCAGCUGCAUGUGAUGAUGCAGAAGAAGCCUGGCGUAGCCAUAUGAACCAGCUCAUGUGUGACGCUGAUGGCUCCUGUGCAGUAUAUACUUUUCAUGUGUUCUCUUCCCUGUUUAAGAAUAUUCAGAAAAGGUUCUGCUUUCUGACUUGUGAUGCUGCCAGCUACCUAGGGGACAAUCUGCGAGGAAUAGGCUCAAAGUUUGUGAGCUCGUCACAGAUGCUGACGUCAUGUUCAGAAUGCCCGACCCUUUUUGUAGAUGCUGAAACUCUUCUCUCUUGCGGACUUCUUGAGAAAUUAAAAUUCAGUGUCUUAGAACUGCAAGAAUAUUUGGACACAUAUAACAACAGGAAAGAAGCAACACUUUCUUGGCUGGCAAACUGCAAGGCAACAUUUGCUGGGGGUUCAAGAGAUGGCGUUAUUACCUGUCAGCCAGGAGACUCAGAGGAAAAGCAAAUGGAAUCUCUUGCACAAUUGGAACUGUGCCAGAGAUUAUAUAAGCUGCACUUCCAGUUGUUGUUGCUUUUUCAGUCGUACUGUAAACUCAUCGGACAAGUGCACGAAGUUAGUACAAUGCCAGAGCUACUGAAUAUGUCACGAGAGCUGAGUGAGUUAAAGAAGAACCUUAAGGAAGCUAAUGCUGCCAUUGCAAUGGAACCAUUGAUUAUAGAGUGCGGUGCCUCUGAACCCAUGUUCACUUCUACAGAAGUAGCCAUUCAGUCCAUGCUGGAGUGUCUGAAAAACAAUGAGCUUGGAAAAGCUCUACACCAAAUAAGGGAAUGCAGGAGUUUAUGGCCCAAUGACAUUUUUGGAAGCAGUUCCGACGAUGAGGUCCAAACCCUACUGAAUAUUUACUUCCGGCACCAAACACUGGGGCAGUCCGGCACUUACGCACUGGUGGGCUCCAACCAAAGCCUGACAGAAAUCUGUACUAAACUGAUGGAGCUGAAUAUAGAGAUCCGGGACAUGAUCCGGAGGGCUCAGAGUUACCGAGUCAUCAAUACUUUUCUUCCAGAUUCCAAUGUUUCUGGCACAAGUCUCUGACAAAAGUCUUGUGCCCUCUUUCCCAUUCAAGUUGGGAUUGCUUCCAUGCUGGGCUGAGGUGGCUCAGUGCCUCCUCAGUCUUAGAAAGACUUGGUCAAGUUGUAGUCAGUCUUGUUACCUUGACAACAUUUUCCAAGAAGAGUUGGGCAGAGUUUUCAAUGUGUAGCAAUACUGUGACGAAGGUAACAUAGAAUCCUUCGUUUUGAGCUGCACACACAGAAUGCAUUUCACUGGGCAACUGCAAUUCACUACUGAAGUGACUUCCAUACAUACCAAAGACUACUACACUGAACCGGACUUCCUUUCUAGAAAAGUAAUGUUAGGUUGGCAAAAGUGCAAUCUUUCCUUCACUUGAGGAUUUUUGUUUUUUAAUCUUGUACAUUUUUUUCCUUUGACCAAGUUUGAAAAAAUAGGCAGAAUGAAGCUAGUGACAGGACACUGAAAGACUGUCAGUUCAAAAGCUGAGAGCCUGUGUGUAUGAAAGAGAUUGUAAAGGACUACAGUUUAAUGUACACUGUAAUUUAAAUAGGAUUACUGUAUCUUUUGAGGAAAAAAACCCAAGCUGCUAUGAAGUACAUUUCCUGAUGUUGCUAGGCUACUGUCUUGGAAGGUACUACAUCCUGUUGCAAAAGGUCUGUUAUUAAGACCAAAGUACCUAUGAAUGGACAAGGAAGAUUUUUUUAAAAAAAGAUUUUGGCUGCUUUUUACUAGAGGGUUGCUUUUAUGAAUAUAUUUAUAUUACUUAAGGACGGCUGGUCUGGCAUAACUUGCCAUUUUGUAGGAAUACAUCACAUUGCUGAUUUAAAUUCUUUUGAGCUGCCUCGCAUGUAUUUGGAAUUUAACAUAUAUUUGGAUUUUAACAGUGAAAAUAUUAAGUACAAUUCAAAUUUGUUUUUCAUUUCUUAAAGAGUUUUCUUUGUAAUAUAUGUAAGUUCCCUUGAUUUUUUUUCUUGCACUUACUGCUGUCAAAUGUUAAAUGAGUGCAUGAAAAUCUUUUGCACAUUUGAGACACUUUUAUUCCAGCAUAUUCUCUGUCACUUACUCACUCUGUAAAUACACUUAAAAGGUUUUUGUGAAGUACAUUUUGGUUGAUAUUUUGAUCAGAAAGGAUCAUCUAACUAAAAUAUAAAGGUCAUUAUAAUAUAUAUACCUAUA